CUGCAUAUCUAGUUGAAGGGAUGCGUCUCUCUGUACCCAUUUUCUUUCUUCUCUGGGUUAAAGCCCUGACAUUGAAAAAUCUUAAUUAUUCUGUCCCAGAGGAGCAAGGACCUGGAACUGUUAUAGGUAAUAUUGCAAAAGAUGCUGGGUAUGGAGCGAUGGAGAGAGGGAAGAAAUCAAACUUCAGAGUGCUGGAGAAUUCGGCACCGCAUCUGGUGGAUGUUGACCCUGAGAGUGGACUAAUUUUCACCAAACAAAGGAUUGACAGGGAGACGUUGUGCAGACGCAACCCAAAGUGCCAGCUCUCCAUGGAAGUGUUUGCCAAUGACAAGGAGAUUUGCAUGAUCAAGAUUGACAUACAGGACAUAAAUGACAACUCGCCCAGUUUUCCUUCAGAUCAUGUGAAUAUUGAUAUUUCAGAAAACGCAGCUGCUGGGACACGUUUCCCUCUGACUAUUGCACAUGAUUCAGAUUCUGGGGAAAAUGGGAUAAAAACGUAUCAGGUGACAAGAGAUGAUUACAGUACCUUCUCUUUGGAUUUGAAAGUGAGAGGUGACGGGACUAUAUACCCAGAGCUGGUGGUUCAGAGACCUCUGGAUAGAGAGGAUCAGAGCCAUCACACCCUGCUUCUCACUGCAAUCGAUGGUGGGGAGUAUCCACGAUCAGGCUCAAUGCAGAUCAACGUCAGAGUGACUGAUUCGAAUGACAAUAGCCCGGUUUUUGAAAAAUCCUCCUAUGUGCUAGAGAUUCCUGAGAAUUCACCUGCUGGAAAAGUUCUUAUAGACCUGAAUGCCACUGAUCAAGAUGAGGGAAGCAAUGGGCAGGUUGUUUAUUCUUUUACUGGAUACGCAUCUGAGCGAAUACAAGAUUUGUUCUCUAUAGAUCCAAAUACUGGUGUCAUCAAGGUCCAGGGAGAAAUAGACUUUGAGGAGAACCCCAUCAUUGAGUUUGAUGUGCAGGCAAAAGAUCUUGGACCCAAUCCGAUACCAGGGCACUGUAAAAUUACUGUCAAAGUGCUCGACAAGAAUGAUAACUUACCGCUUAUAAGUUUUGUCUCUGUCCGGCAAGGAGCCAUCAGUGAGGCAGCUCCUCCAGAGUCCGUCAUAGCUCUGGUCAGAGUGACGGAUAAAGACUCAGGCCGUAAUGGUCAGCUUCAAUGCCGGGUGCUGGGGAAUGUCCCCUUUAGACUGCAGGAAAACAAUGAUAAUUUUUACACUCUGCUCACAGAUAGACCUCUGGACAGGGAGACAAAAGAUGAAUACAAUGUUACAAUUGUUGCAAGAGAUAAUGGGAUCCCUUCUCUGAACAACACAAGAUCUUUUACUGUGAAAAUCUUAGAUGAGAAUGACAAUGCGCCACGCUUUACAAAGACGUUAUAUGUUUUACAGGUGCCUGAAAACAACAUCCCAGGUGAAUACUUGGGCUCAGUUUUGGCUCACGAUCCAGAUGUGGGUCGAAAUGGAACAGUGUCAUACUCCAUACUGCCUUCCCACAUAGGAGAUGUGUCAGUGUACACCUUUGUGUCUGUUAAUCCCACCAAUGGGGCCAUUUAUGCUUCACGCUCUUUUAAUUAUGAACAAACAAAAUCCUUUGAGUUCAAAGUUCAGGCUAAAGAUGGUGGCUCUCCCCACAUGGAGAGCACCUCCAGUGUCAGGGUAAACAUUCUUGAUGUCAAUGACAAUCUUCCAGUUAUCAUUUUACCUUUACUGCAAAAUGAUACAGCUGAAAUCCCAGUGCCUAGAAAUGUGGGUAUUGGAUACAUAGUCACUACAGUGAAAGCAGUGGACCAUGACCAUGGAGAAAGUGGACAUUUAACCUACGAGAUCAUAGAGGGGAAUGACGACCACCUGUUUGAGAUGGAUCCAGUGGGAGGAGAGGUCAGAAUUGCACAUGCUCUUUGGGAGGAGAUUGCCCCGGUGGUUGAGCUGGUGGUGAAGGUAACUGACCAUGGCAAGCCCCCCUUAUCUGCUGUGGCUAAGCUCAUCAUUAAGGUGAACACAGAAGCAGCAGCAGGAGGGGGUUCCAGCACAAGCGGGGAACAGCAGCACUGGGAUGUGUCCCUGCCCCUCAUAGUUACCCUCUGCAUUAUCUCUGUCAUGCUCUUAGCCGUCAUGACCGCCAUCGCUGUCAAGUCCAAGCAUCAAGAUAAGGAGUCUGGGAAUUAUAACUGCCGCAUGGCUGAGUACUCCAAUCCUCCAGUGGGAAAAGGGAAAAAGAAAAGGAUCAACAAGAGUGACAUCAUGCUGGUGCAGAGUGAGAUGGAGGAAAGAGAUUCGGCAAGCCGGAUGAACGUGGUGAGCAGUCCAUCACUGAUCACCUCACCAAUCUGUUUUGACUACCAGAGCCCCCUGCCACUCACGCUGCCCAGGUCGGAAGUCAUGUACCUGAAAACCACCUCAAACAGUCUGACUGUUCCUAGGUCAGGAUGCCACUCCAGCUUCGCAGGUCUCAGCUCAGAUACUCCAGCGAAUAGGAUGUCAGUGAUACAGACAGAAAAUUUUUCCUCAGAGCCCAAUUAUUCUGGCAGCAGGCAGCCAUUUGUUCAAAGCUCAACAUUUAAGGAUGCAGAACGAGCAAGCCUGAGAGACAGUGGCCAUGGUGAUAGUGACCAGGCUGAUAGUGACCAGGAUACUAAUAAAGGCUCACACUGCGACACAUCUGCCAGGGAGGCCCUCAAGAUGAAAGCCGCAGCAGUUAAUGGCCAGUCUUUUGAGAAGGAGCAAGACAAAUCAGUCCACUGCACCGAUGAAUGUCGUGCACUGGGACAUUCUGACAGAUGCUGGAUGCCAAAGUUACGGGUAGGAAGCCAAGCAGACAGCGCAGAUAAUCGCACCAACCUUUUCAUCCCUGUGGGAAUGGAUGCCAUGGUAGAGACAGAGAUUUAUGGCACCAUCAGCUGCAACAGCAGAAAAACUCUGACCACGUUUGGAAAAGAACAGCGGGACAGUACAAUCCUUGUGGCCAAUGUCAAACCUUACUUAAAAUCGCAACGUGCGCUAAGUCCACCGCUACAAGAGAGUCCAUCUGCAUCUAGCAGUCCCACCAAGAGCAGCACGCCCCUGGACUUGGCCAACCAAGAGUCCAAAGAAGAGCGGAACGGGGCGUCGGACAGCAGUGCCUACGGCCCUCCAGAUGGCCAGUGCUCCCCGCUGCACACGGAGCUGGAGGAGCCCUCCUACCUGACCUGUGAGCUCAGGCCCAAGUCUCUGUCAAGCAGUCUCAUUCACAGCUCUGUCAUCAGUCAGGAGUGCGGGGGGUCGGAUUGCGCUCUCGACCCGAGGGACUCGGGUAACUGACAGGUGAGGCGAUCGCCUGCCAAGCGUCUGACGACAAUACGCAGAAUUGAUGACCAAGAGUUGAUUUAUUUUGAACCACGGAGGUGUUUGAA